AUGAGCGCCUGCAAAACCCUAAUCCGUACUCCCUUAUCAUGUCUGGAAUUCCGAGCUCGAAGCCGAGGUUCAGCUGCCCUACGAAGCUUUUCAUCUUCUUCUCCAAUUUCUUCAGGUCGAAAAUUCAAAUCCCACCAGCCAUUUUCCAUUUCUAGAAGCUUCAGCUCUGCAAUUGGAGUUGUUCCAUUAGAAAUAUCGGAUAGCACAGAGGAAAACGCACCUCAAGAUUCAAGAAAAGACACCGUGAAGGAGCUGCUUUCGAAAGACAGGGACGACAUCGCGAGGCUGAUGAAAAUGGAGCGCCUUUCGAGUCAGGGCAGCGAGUCGAAGAAGAGGAGGGGCCGUUGGUUUCCGUAUUUGGAUAGAUAUAAAGCAACCGACGGGUAUUUGAGCAGCGGUGAGGUUUUGCAGGCGAUCGACCCGUAUCUAAUGGACGUGAGGAAGGAAAGGUUUAGGAAUGUGGUGAAUAACCGGAGCUAUUCUGUGUGUUUGGUGGUCGAGGGUUUAAGUGAUUUUGGUAAUGUUUCGGCUGCUUUCCGGUCUGCUGAUGCGCUCGGGAUACAGUCUGUUCAUGUCGUGUCGUGUGACAGCUCAAGAAGGUACAGAGACAAUCGCCAUGUCAGCAUGGGAGCCGAGAAGUGGUUGGAUAUCGAAAUUUGGUCUUCUGUCAGAGAGUGCUUUGAGAAUCUGAAAGCACGCGGCUAUAGAAUUGCUACAACCCAUCUGGGGACGAAUGCAGUCUCAGUUUACGACGUUGACUGGUUGUGCCCUACUGCAAUCGUAGUUGGGAAUGAACUUAGGGGAAUAAGUGAGGAUGCUCUUAAGCUUUCGGAUUUGCAUUGCAGUAUACCAAUGAGAGGAAUGGUUGACUCAUUUAAUGUUUCGGUAGCUGCAGGCCUCGUUAUGCACCAAGCUGUGUGUGACAGGACUUUGCGCAUGGGUUGUCAUGGGGAUCUAACCGAACCCGAGCGCCAAAUUCUCCUGGCAGAGUUUUAUCUCCGCCAUAACUUAAACGCCAUAAGGAUUGCCGAUGAAUUUUCCAAGAGGAAGUCAGCCACAGCAACUUGA